AUGCAUAAAAAGCUUGUAGACAUCAACACCAUAAAUACAAUACCUAUAGUGCAAGGGGACCCUCUUCAGAUCAGAUUAUUGCUAAGGAUGAUGGAUGAUAGGUACAGACAGCAGUUUCUUGAAAUAUCCCAAUCCACAAUUUCGUACAUUCAGAAAACAACCACGAGGUCCAAAAAUGAGGACAGUUUGGUGGAAUUUGACAAUGUUCUUACGUUUUGGACAACACUAGCAAAGUCAAGUGACGUGAUUCAGCAUGGUAAAAGACUUGAAAAUUUGAGUUGGAGGCUAAUCAAUAGGAGAAUUCUAAAACAAGACGAGUUGAGGAGUCGUGAUUUAAACAUUGUAGUCGACAUAUCGAAAGGUACAGAGUGUAGAGAAUUACAGGAUUCAGGUAACCGCAGGAAAAUGCAAAAAACAUUACAGAAUUAUUCAGUACAACGUCUGCCUUUUAAGAAGGAUCAACAACAACAAAAACAAGUACAAGAGCACACUGGACAGAUAAAUAAAAGGCCACAAGAGUUUCGAAAAACCAAAUUUUUUUAUGACCACAGCUUAUCAUCUCCUGAUUCAGAUACCAGUGUACCUCAAAACUCAAUAGAUGCUAUUACUGAACUCAAAAAUGGAAAGGUUUCUACACAGAAUGCUGGACAACAACUUGGACAGGUUCCAUCAUUGUUCAAUCCACAUAUGAUGGUUGGGAGGAAAAAACUAAAUCAUUCACAGUUACAAAUGACUUCACAACGGUCACACCAAAACUUGCAACACUAUCAGCAGCAGCAAAACCAACAACUUCAACAAGAUCAUUAUAAACAUCAUCAUCAUCACCAAAGUUACCAAAAUCAACAAAAGCAGCAGAGUCUACAAAAACAGCAAAAUCAACAAAGUCAUCCUAAUCACCAUGCCCACCCUGCUGAAAAUACCCUUAAACAUGAAAAGUUUGUGGAGUCUGCACAAACAUCUGAGCAGCCAUCAUUAUUUCAAAAACCAGAAAAAGAAACUUCCAAAAUUGUAUACUCUUCAUCCUCUGAAUUCGACCAAGACUCGGAUUCAGAUUGGUCAUCCUUAUCUGAUGCAGAAGAGGAAGAAGAGGAGGAUAAAAAACCAAGCCUAAAUUUCGAAAAGAAAGCUGUGGUGGAUGAUGAAAUAAAGAGGCCUCAACUAAAAAGAAGUUUAUUAAGUGGUAUGUUCCUUGAUGAAAUGGGUAAAAGCGGAAAUGACAAGCAAACAUCUAGUGUUAAAGGUAAAAGGUAUGAUUCAUCACAUAGAUCAAAUGCACCACCCACAGCAUCCACAUUAUUGCCUACUGCAUUAUCAACACAUAUGUUUUUACCAACUACAAACUUCCAAAGUUAUCAAUCAACGCAACGUGGAAAUAACCCUACGAGCCGGCGAAUACGUGAUGCUAAAACCAUGGGGAAACUCACGAGCGAUAACGUUUCUAAAAUGAAUAGAACUGACGAUUUUGAUAGUAAUAACAAUAACGGUAGGGCUUACGCUUCCUCUAUCCAUACACAAACAUCAUCGAUAGAUAUACCAGGCAUUGAGGAUAAAAUAGAGCGUGAUAAGCGAAGACUGGAAAGGAAACUAGAAGCAGGAAACGAUGGUGCCGAACUGCCAUUGCAUCUAGUAGAUUCUAUACAAAAUGAAAAUAAGCUUUAUGAAACACCCGAAUUUAUUGUUGAUGAUGGGCUUGGAGUUGUCGAAAAGCAAUAUGGGGAAGAAUGGUAA